AUGACGUUUCUCUUCUCUCUCUUUCGUUUGCUCUCUUGGAUAAUCUCCGUCUUCUUCCAAACAAUCAAAUCAUUGCUCGUCCUCAACGGACUGUUACCUCCACCACCCUUCCCUAUCUUCCGUGUCCCAUACCUCCCGUUAGCCAGAAUUAUCGAUUUUAUGGAGCCCGAAGCAUUAGUAUCCCUGUCUCUCUGCUCCCGGAAAAGUCACUCUGUCAUAAAAACUCAACGAAGAGCACCAUUCAAUGGACGUAUCCGUGUUUCAUGGCCACACAGAGACGUCAUGUUUUAUUCAGUCAAAAAUCUAACUCGUGUUUUGCGUGCUGCCAAUUACUCGUAUUUUCCCAAGUCUGAGAGAAGUAAUUAUGUGAAAAUGAACGGGCAGAACGUUCCAGUUAUAAUGCACCCUUUGGAUGGAUUUCUAGUUUCCGGCUGGGAGAAUAUAACGGAGGGAUUGGAAACUAUUACUGACUAUGUUACCAACCUAUUCAAUAUUGAUAUAUCAGAAGUCUUUGUAUCUGACGAUUCAUUCAAAAUGAUAGAAUGGGUGAACAGUAGACAAACAACACCAUUGAAAAAAAUAGUUUACAUGGCCAUGGCCUGGAGUCCUUGCUCAUCGGAAGAUGAAAUGAAUUAUAUUCUGAGGGAUUGCCGGUGUUCAUCUGAAAUACGCAUCCACUCAAAGGCCCCAUCCAGUUUCCGCUUCUCGGGAAACUUCCGUAGAAUCGAUUGUUUAGAUAUCAGUAAUUCCGAAUGGGUAACAAUAGAUAACUUAUUGACCAUGGAUGGAAUUGAUAUUCAUCUAGACAAUGCCAGUCUAUCAAAUAGUGAUUUGAAUGUCUUCCUCAAGCACUGGCUGUCUGGAGGGUGUCCUCGAUUGAAACUAUUCUGCGCUAGAAUUGGUUCUGUGGAUAUCUUUCGAGUUCUAGCUGGUUUACGGCAUAACGUCGUUCGUGUGGAGAAUCGUCGUGACUACAACAGCCCCUUUGGACACCAAUGGACUUUGUGGGAUGGAUAUGACAUCCAACGUGCGGAUGGUGUGACAGCUACAGUACACUAUGAGCCAGUGGGAGCCUUAGUUAUUGCAGUUUGGCCAGAAACCACUCAUAAUUAUAAUUAA